AAAUGGAUUUUAUUUAUUUAAAGAAUCAGUUCAGCCAAGUGACAAACAUUUUCUCACAUAGUUUUUAAUCACACACGAUCAGGUUUCUGUGUGCUUCUGUGAUGUUGGUGCAAAGAGACUCGGUGUGUCCGAAUAAUUAUUAAAUUAUAAAUUAUGUGAACUGCAGUCAUUUUCAGGGUGAAUGGAUCAACUUUUCACUGAAGUGUCAUGAUUGGGUUGAUACUGUGAUAAAGUGAUAAUGUUGGCUGUUUCACAGCUUCUUUAAUAGUGAAAAUAUUUUUAAUCCAAUUCACAUUUCAGUCAGGCAGUCGACAGACGGCUACAAGCUGUCAAACGGCGGGGGCCUUCGGGGUCCUUCCUGCUCUGAGCCGCUGCGCCAGCCUCCUGACAUAAACCGCCCGCCGGAGGAAACACGAUAAAUUAAGCCGAAAUCGUCCUGUUGCCGAGCGGGUCCAGCAGUCAUGAUGGACGGCAGGACGAGCGCGAUAGCCGCGGGGGUUUGCGGGGCUUUGUUCGUCGCUUACUGCAUCUACUUCGACAAGAAGAGACGGAGCGACCCCGACUUCAAGAACAGGCUGCGAGAACGGAGGAGAAAGCAGAAGGCAGCCAAAGAGAAAGCUGGCCUGGCCAAGCUCCCGGACCUGAAGGACGCUGAGGCGGUGCAGAAGUUCUUCCUGGAGGAGAUCCAGCUCGGGGAGGAGCUGCUGGCUCAGGGAGACUAUGAGAAGGGCGUGGACCACCUGACCAACGCCAUCGCGGUGUGCGGUCAGCCUCAGCAGCUGCUGCAGGUGCUGCAGCAGACUCUGCCGCCGCCCGUCUUCCAGAUGCUGCUCACCAAACUGCCCACCAUCAGCCAGCGUAUCGUGAGCGCACAGAGUCUGAGCGAGGACGACAUCGAGUGAGGUCACCCGCCGCCGCCUCUUCCAUCACGACCUGCCAGCGCCGCGGCCUCCACCGCUCCGGCCGACGUCCAUCACUUCCCAUCAAGGCGUCCUAAAGGGAAUUAGUUUUUUAUUCCUGGUUUAUCCUCGUCGGUAGUGUUUGUUUGUUUGUUUGUUGUUUUUUUUUUUUUUUUUUUACUUAUGUGACCCCUUGUGGGGUGUGAAUGAGUAUCUCAGUCACAAAGCGCGGCUCCAGUCCGCCAUCGUUAGGUACGUAGUCAUUAACUGGACUGAAGACGGUAAUCGGCUCCUCCGUCAGGGUGGAGCAGCGACACGUGACGCGAGCAGCUUCACGGCGAUCACGCGUCUCUUCUCUGCUCGGAUGCUUCAGUAUUUAUUGUUUUGUCGUCAGUCGUCUUUCUGUUCGCUCCAGACUCAAACGCUUUUUAAAAAGUGAUGAAGUGUUUUGUUCUUUUUAAAGAGGAAGGCCCUCUUUAGGAAAAAAAUAAAAACAUGAACAAACCACA